UCAAAGUAUUUUGAGUGUACAGUGACAAGUUGAAGAUGAAUUGUAAUUGGGAAACUUAAAACAAAAAGUAAAGAAAAAGAGGGACGCAGAAAGGACAAAAAUGGAAAAAGAAAAAAUAGUAAAGACAGGUGGCAGCAGACCAUUGUGGAAGGUAGGGUUGUGUUGGAAGUUGAGAGACAGCAUAAAUACAGGAAAGCAUUUGUAAGAAAAAGCAGAAACAUCAUCCCUCAUCCCUCAUCCUUUAUCACAUCCGAUUCCAUGGCAACGGAUGAUAUGUGUAGCAGUAGCAGCACCACCACCACCAAGAAGAAGCAACAACAAGAAGAAGAAAGUGGUUUGUCGACUACUCACGAAGAACGUUGCCGCCGCUGCUUCGAAGAAUGGAUGCAACUUCAACGCGAAGACUUAACCCACCUCCUCGAAUCCCUUCACCAACCAACAAACAACAACAGCCAAGAAACAAACGACACCACCAGUACUGUCAUUCGCAAUUGCAUCUCUCAUUUCGAUCACUACAUCUCCAAACGCAACCUCUUAGCUCAAGAAUACCCUUCCCCUCUUUUUGCACCAACAUGGUGCACUUCCUUAGAAAAGUCCCUCCUCUGGAUGGCCGGUUGCCGACCCUCCAUUUUCAUUCGCUUAACCUACGCACUCACUUCCUGUAGUACUGAACCCUUAACUAAUGAUGGUGAUAAUAAAAAUAGUAAUAGUUUUAUUGGUAUAGGGGAACUGUCUCCUAGUCAGAUGACACGUGUGAAUGGGCUACACAUGAGAACAAUAAAAGCGGAGCAGAAACUGACGGAUGAAUUGGCGAGCUGGCAGGAGGAGUUGGCGGAUGAUCCGAUUGCGGUGAUAGUGGCGAAAGGGGAUUGCGGGGAUAAGGUGGUGAUGAAUAAUGAAGAGGCGGAGAUGGCAUUGAAGGAACAUGAGAAAGUUAUGGGAGAAGUGAUUGGGAAAGCGGAUAAGUUGAGGUUGAAUACGAUGAAGGAAUUAGUGUUGGAGAUUUUUAAGCCAACGCAAGCACUUCAGUUUUUGGUUGCCAGUAAGAAGCUUCAGCUUUCUUUACAUCAAUGGGGGAAACGUAGAGAUGAGAAGCAACGCAGAAUCAGAUCUUAUCGCUCGAUCUCUCAUUAGAAUACAACAUAUAUCAAUAAUAAAUAAUACCCCAACUCCUAAACUAUAUCAUCAUCAUCACAAUCACCCCAUCUAACUCUCUCUCUAUCUCUUUCUGCUUUUUUAUUUUUAUUUUUUAAUUUCUAGACUACGAGUAAGAAUAUGUUGUUUUCUUGUUUCUUAAUCUAUUAAAUAUGCUAAUUAGUCGCUACCAGACUAUACUCUCAUAAUCAUUCCUCAUUUUUAGUGGCAAUGUUCUCUAUCGAAAAAGAUAAAAGCACAAAAUUUCAUAUUUUUAUUAUUAUA